AUGGCAAAGUCAAACAAGAGGCGUACGCAAGAAGCCCCUGGGAGGGUAAGUGUAGAGGCCAAAAGGGCCAGAAAGCCGAUUGUUGAAGAGUUGGCAAAAUGGCUCAUUGAUCUUCAAGCCAAAAGUCAUUCCCAUAAGGAGAUUUAUGGUGAGUUCGGAGCUAUGGUGAAGGAAAAGCAGAAUGUGUACGAAUGGUUGACCAAGGAUAUGGUGAGAAGCAAGAAGAAAAGAAUCCUUGCAGAGCAGAAGAAGAAGGCAACCGCCACAGGAAGUCAACAGGAGGAGCACGCCAAGGUACCUGGUACCGUAUAA